GAAUAUUCCUCCUUGGAGGUGGUUCAUCAGCAUGGAUGGCUGCAGCUCCUCCCAGUUAUUGCUUUGUUGCAUUUCCCCCAUGCACUAAAGAUGGUCUUGUUGUCUUUGGAAAAAAUUCUACACGGCCUAGAGAUGAAGUACAGGAAGUAGUCUAUUUUGCUGCUGCUACUCAUGAUCCAGAAAGCAAGGUUGAGUGCACUUAUGUAGAGAUUGAUCAGGUGCCGAAGACCCAUGCUAUUGUGUUAAGUAGACCUGCAUGGCUUUGGGGAGCAGAAAUGGGAGCAAAUGAAUAUGGAGUCUGCAUUGCCAAUGAAGCCAUCAUAACCAAAGAGCCAGCUUCUGAAAUUGAAGCCCUGCUGGGAAUGGAUCUUGUCAGGCUUGGUCUAGAAAGAGGAGCAACAGCUAAAGAAGCUUUAGAUGUAAUAGUUUCAUUGUUGAGAGAGUAUGGACAAGGUGGAAAUUACUAUGAAGAUGGGAGCUUAUGCCAUGCUUUCCAGAGUGCAUUUCUGAUUGUGGACAGAAAAGAAGCCUGGAUACUAGAGACUGUUGGAAAAUAUUGGGCAGCAGAAAAAAUCACAGAGGGAGUGAAGUGUAUUUGUAAUCAACUUUCAUUAACCACAAGGAUUGAUGCUGAGCAUCCUGAACUUAGGAGUUACGCAGAGAGUCGAGGAUGGUGGAAUGGAGAUGCAGAAUUUGAUUUUGCCAAAGUGUUCUCUGUGGCAGAGGACCAUGUAAAAUGCUGCGCAGGCAAGGAGACCCUAGAUAACCAAGAUGGAGGUAUUGCUGCACAAACAAUGAUGGACAUUCUACGUGACAAAGCUCAUGGUGUCUGCGUGGACUCUGAAUCUUUCCUUACUACGGCUAGCAUGGUAUCUGUGUUAUCUCACAACCACAGUUCUCCCUGUAUUCACUUCUUCACAGGCACGCCAGACCCUUCAAGGUCCAUAUUUAAGCCUUUCAUUUUUGCUGAUGAUGUCAAACAAGUACCAAAGGUUCAGUCUCCGUCUCUUGGUGAUGAUGAUCCUGCAAAAAAGAUACCUCGAUUCCAGGAAAAACCUGACCGCAGGCAUGAAUUGUACAAGGCACAUGAAUGGGCCCGUUCUGUAAUUGAGACUGAUGAGGAUAAAGGAAAGAAGUUGAUGAGGAUCAUGCUGGACCUUGAAAAACAAGGCCUAGAAGCAAUGGAGGACAUCCUUUCCAGUACAGAGGUUCUGGAUCCCACUGAAGUGGCGGACCUCUUCUAUGACUGCGUUGAUACAGAAAUUAAGUUCUUUAAGUGAACCACAGUGGAUGCCGUUAGCAUUUUCACAAGAAGACUGUAAAGUUCUUCAAGCCUUGAAGAAUAAUCUCUACAUUGCUGAAUUUGCAGGAAAAACGCAACUUUCUAGAAAAUGUUCCUUGAUAGCUGUAUCCAGUUAAAUUGUUUUUCUUUGUCCAAACAAGUGGUGUUCCUAUUUCUGUGCGUGUAGUGAAAGGAGAUGGUCACUGAUUGGUCCAAUUACUGUGUGCAUGCUGGCUACUGUAGUACAGAAUGUUCCAAUAUGUAUGUUUGGGCAACAAAUUAAAGCAAGGAAUAACUUCAACCCAGA